ACUAAAAGAGAGAGUCCUCCUCUGCGGAUCAAAAAUCUAAUCUUUGCGUCACCGUUUCAGUUCUUCUCUCUUUCUCUAGGGUUCUUCUUCUUCUUCUUCUACAAGCUUCAUCCACUAAACAUGAGUCGUCAUCCCGAAGUGAAGUGGGCAGAGACCACUGACAAGAUUUUCCUCACCGUAGUGUUAGCUGAUUCCAAGGAGACUAAAGUUAAUCUCCUCCCAGAAGGAGUCUUUGAUUUCUCUGCAAAAGCUGGUCCUGAAAACCACGUUUAUGAGCUUAAACUCGAGCUUCACGAUAAAGUCAACGUGGAUGAAAGCAAAAUCAACAUUGGAGUGAGAAGCAUAUUCUGCAUAAUAGAGAAGGCAGAGCCGGAAAGGUGGAACAAGCUAAUCCGUGGAGGGAAAGCGCCACACUAUGUCAAGAUUGAUUGGGACAAGUGGGUGGAUGAGGACGAUGAAGGCAGUGCUGGUGCUGGAGAUAUGGAUAUGGGAGGAAUGGGUGGAAUGGAUUUCUCGAGCUUGGCCGGAAUGGGUGGAAUGCCCGGUAUGGGUGGAAUGCCCGGACUUGGAGGACUUGGCGGUAUGGGUGGACUUGAAGGACUUGGCGGCAUGGGAGGCAUGGGAGACAUGGAAGAGUUUGAAGACAGUGAUGAUGAAGAAGAAACAGCAAAAUCAGGAGACAAGAAAGAUGAAGCUGUUAAGGAGGAAGCGAAACCAGUAGAUGUUAAGUGAAGAAGACAGUGUUCCUUCCAGAGAUGAUUACUUUCAAAGUUUAUUAGCUAAGGGUUUACUAUUAGCUUCUUAAGUUUAUCAAACCGUCUGAUUUACUUCCUCCUUUUAAAAUGUUGUUACUCUUGUUUUGCUUUUAUGGAUUUGGUUACAGUUUUUAAGUAUCUUUUCAUUUUUGGCA